GGGAUUCUCCGCCCGAAUUGUCGCGAAAAAGUCUGGUCUACUUGUUGGUUCUCCUGUCAUUGCACGCCGAAGUGACUCGACCCGUCCGUCAUCGUCUUGUGUCAUCAUGAUGUGGUAGUUAAUGCCUGGACGGGUGAUGGCAGUAGUAGUUCACAAGGCCAUGGGGCAACAUGAGCAAAGGACCCUACAUCCUUUCUUUAUGAAACAUGGCAGUGAACCGAUAGCAGAACUCCCCCAACUCGCAGACCCAUUGCCGAAGCAACCAAGCAAUAACCCUAGGAGCGAAAGAGCGAAUAUUGUAUUAGAUUCGACGAGCGGAGACUGCCCAAAUCCCUUAGAUGACGAUGAAAAUUUAAGUCGGAGGAAAAGGCGGAAAACGACACCCCUCGAUCAUUCAGGGAAUGCUGGACAUGGCUCGGCACGUUCCCCUCCUGUCGAACCCGAAGUCACUUCCAACCUGCCGGAUGUGCCAAAUUCCUAUUCAUCCAAUGGCACUGAAGAGAAGUCAACCACAGCACGGUAUCCGUUUCGCAAGGGAACGGUCAAUCCCGCCCCGGCCAAGUAUGCAUUUAAAGAUCCCCAUAAAGAUAGCCUCUGUGAAACGCCUCGGAAGGAGAACGUGCUAAAGCUCAAUCCCAACGGGAAACUUUUGAAUUCACCGAUACAGCAAGCCAGCUCGGGGACUCGUGAGAAUGGAGGGGAACUUAAAAAGCGAGGCCGUGGUCGCAAAAAGCCCAAAGAGGAUGUUGCGCCACUUUCCAGAAUAGCGAUUAUGAAGUAUGGACCCGGGAGCCUCUCACGGCAGUUUAUUGGGGGUGCGAUACGUGACAUUAUGAGUGGUCAUACGACCUACAGCCUUUUCAAACAACGGACAGAAAAUCCACAAUCGCCUCCAGAACCGCCGAAACCUACCCACCCCUUCUUUUUGACCAGACAAGGACCUAAAAAGGUGGAAGAUUCAAAACCGGCAGGCAAAGCUUCUGCCCACCAAGGAAAAGAUGCGGUCCCGAAUGAACAAAGACAACCAACACUAGAGCCUCGUCGCUCCUGGCCUACAGCCGCAAAGACACUGGAGAGAACAUCGGCCUCAACCAAAGCUCUCAAUCGCCGAAGAGUCAGCGACCCCAUUGAGCCAUUAUGGCCUCCACUUGAUAUGGUUCGCAUUGACGAAAAUGCAUCGGAGCAGGAUCGUAAACAGGGCGAGCAUAAUAUAGUUGACCAAAAGAAGGCUAAAGGUUCGAUUGCUCAUGUAUCAGGUUCGGAAAAUAUUCUUGGAAUCAUUUCGCGCUCGUUACGAGGGGGCUGCUUUUAUUCUAAGGAAUUGUCCGUGAAGGAGUGUCUAAGGCAGCCCAAAAGGAUUUUAGAAAAAGGGUGCAUUUUAAGGGAUGCUAUGACUGAGAAGCUUGAUCGAAUUUCAAAGCGAACUAUGAGGCAAGAGGAAAUCGAACUUUCGGCCAAUCCUUCAAUACACAGCAGAUUGUCUCAUCCCGCUGUCGCAAGUCUCCUAUCUUCUAUUCCUACUUCUAGGAGUUCUUUCGAGAAAGGAGGCUGCGAAGAAUUGCCCUGGACACAAAAGUAUGCGCCAGAUACAGCUUCAAAAGUCCUUCAAGUCGGCUCUGAGGCGCUAUUGCUGCAUCACUGGCUGCAGAGCCUUACAGUAUCGACCGUCAACAGUGGUGCGGGCCAAAGCGAUUCUAAAGCUUCAAAAACACCAAAGGCAGAAGCCAAUAAAAAGAAGAAACGAAAGAGGGCAGCUGGCUUAGAUGACUUCAUCGUUUCUAGUAGUGACGAGGAGCCGGGUAUUGAGGGGUUUACUGAUGAUGACGAUGAACUAGCCGGAGCUGUCACAGUUUCUAAAAGAACCGUUGUUAGAGCAAGGGGAACGCCGUCAGCAAACGAUACCGGAAAUGAAAAACGCCCGCUCUCAAAUACAGUUCUCCUUAGUGGGCCCCCUGGUUGUGGCAAAACGGCGGCAGUCUAUGCAGUUGCUCGUGAGCUCGAUUUUGAGGUGUUCGAGGUGAACGCUGGAACCCGCAGAAGUGCGAAGGAUGUGGUCGAGCGAGUUGGAGACAUGGCUCAGAAUCAUCUCGUACAAAUUCUGAAGCAAAUAGAUAACAACAUCCCCGCUAACUCUGUUCUGGAAUCCAGUGUGACCCAGCGCGACGAUAGGCAAUCAUCUAUGGGGAGCUUUUUUAAACAGAAAUCAACAUCGAAGAACGCUACGCCAAACCAGAGCAAAAGCCCGUCCGUACGGAGCACUUGUGAAGCUCAAAAACCAAAGACAAAGCAACGACAAUCUCUCAUUCUUCUGGAAGAGGUGGAUAUUCUUUUCAAUGAAGAUAAGCAAUUUUGGAAUGGCGUCUUAGCCUUGAUUGCGCAGUCCAAAAGACCCAUCAUCAUGACAUGCAAUGACGAGAAUAUGCUUCCAAUAGACAGCUUGUCGUUCCAUGCGAUUCUUCGCUUCCGCCCGCCUCCAUCAGACUUGGUUACGGAGUAUCUUUCCGCUUUAUGUGCGAACGAAUGCCACGUGCUAGACCCGAAAGCAAUUCUUGACUUAUAUACUGUCCUUGGGAGGGACCUGCGUGCAACGAUAAUGCAAUUGAACUAUUGGUGUCAGAUGGCCGUCGGUAGCCAAAAAUCUGGGCUCGAUUGGAUAGCUGACCGCCCUCGGUUUAGCGUAUUAGAGUCAGACCCUGGAUUGCCGAAAAUACUGAGCUCGGACACAUAUGUAAGGGGUAUGGACUGGCUUUGUCGAGAUACGGUUGUAGACAAAGGGGAUCCACUUGAGAAGAGAACACAGCUCAUAACGGAACUGCUCAGGCAAUGGCAUAUAUCAGCGGUGGAUUGGUUAGAAAUUAGGCCGAUCAUGAGAGCCUAUAGCGGAAGCAAUAAUUUGGAAUUAUUGGAACAAGCAAGCUUUGUGUCCGAUAUGGAGAGUUCACUUGACCUUCUCUGUGAAAGAAGUCGAAGUGAUUUUACCCAGGCUCCGUUGGAUACGUCCCUUCCACCAACACCCGAGAAGCAACGCUUGGACUAUCUCGAAGGCCGUCAGUUCCUUCAAGCAGACUCCCCGCCAGAUUAUACUGAAAUAUCAAGUAAAAUAAGCGCCACGCUUGGCGUGUUGCUUGAAAAUUUGUUUCCUGGUUUGGCUCCCGCAGAUUAUGAACAAGAUAUAAUGGAGCACAUUCUGCAAAACGCUACGCCCGGGUCUUCGACCGUAAUGAAGCCGUCUAUGUUUGAAAUGGCAUUCGGCCCCAUUCUUGAUGUAUCUGCUUACUCCACCCAAGCCUACCAUAGGCCACUCUCCUUUGAGCAUGGAAUGCCAGUUAUGGCGGAAGACGUUGCACCGUAUAUUCGAUUUAUCAUUGCCUCAGAGCUACGCAUCGAACAGCAGCGGCUUCAGCUUACCGGUCUUCUUUCUCAACCAGGGAAUGAGCCCAAACGUAUGAGAACAACUCGGGCAAGCAGGGCAGCAUUUGAAGGUGGAGACAAAGCAACAACUAGGAGGGAAAGAUGGUUUCCCGGUAGAGUUGUUCCGGCACGAGUCAUGGCCACAGGUGGCCUGGGCUGGGAAAAUCUUCUCUUGCUAUAUCUGCGGCGUUUAAGCGAAGAAAUGCCGGUAACCAGAACAGAAGAAGCACAGCAUACUAUCGGUGAUUCAAUUGUAAACGGUAUAUAGAGGCUCAUAUGGCAUUGUCCAGUGGCGUCAGCAAUGAUUUUCAAUGUUUGCACGGAGUAUCCAGGAUUGGAUAAUGAAGUUUUGAUUGUAUGGCACGCUCACCUGUAGAGCCUAUGUGCUAGCUACGAGAUAAUCUCUGCGAGUAGUAAUCCAGCGUCACCCUUUAACGGUUCUUUUCGGU